CAAAUCGAUCGCAAAAAAGUGAGAAAGUGCCCAGCUAUCAAUGUCUAUUGGUUGCCAACUUGUGAGCGUAUGUGAACUUGUCCUUCAAUGAGUCCUCUCCCAAUUGUUGAACGUAGGCAGAGGAUUAUCUGAGAUCCCCUAAAAGUCAGCCAUUCCCAAGGACUCUGGGAGUAUGCUCUCAAUCUGCACAGGUACUCUUUUCUCUCUCUCUCUCUCUUUCUUUCUCUGUUGACCACCAGCACUACUAAAACCAUUGUUCCCAAUAUCAUUAUCUGAUAUCUUUUCCCUGGCUCCACCCAACAGCUUCUUCGAUUUGACACUUCUUCUAUUUGGUCAAGGAAAAGCAGACUCAGCCAAGGCGAGUACGAGUAUUGUACCCUGUAGGACUCCUUCUCGUCAGUUUAGUAGGCUCUUGGUCAGUGAAGAGGCAACAUCCCUACUAUCCACCACAAUCUUGGGUUGAGCAUGUCCGCAACCCUCAACGUUCAGUGAUCAACCAACGCAACACAUUGCAAUAUUUUAGCAUAAUAACAAAACGCAACCAAGCACACACACACACACACCAUGAAGUUAACGCCCAACAAAAGGCCGAACAACGCCCCAUGGGCAGUGUCAGUGUUUAUCGUGGCUAUAAUUGUGCUCAUCACUGUGAUCGUGAGCUGCAUCCUGGCAGCGUCCAUCUACUUCUUAUACUACGACAUCCCUAUUCUGAACAACACACUUCUGACUUCCACAGAGAAGGUGGACCAAAACCAAGCCUCUUCACCCAAGUCAUUGCAUCGGCUGCUGAAGCACCUCGACAUCCCAAGGCCCGAUAGAGAACCAGACCCCGAUAACCCGACCAAUAAGGAGAUGAUCAAGUCCCGAGAAUCUGCCGCCGUUGAUCCCGCCACUUUGAACAUUGAUGUGAACAAGAUCUACACCAAGUGGUCCAAAUGGUCCCGAUGUCGGAGGAAAUGCAAGCAAGUCAGAAAAAGGAUGUGCAUCGUCCCCAGUAUUUGUGGCUCCAACGUUCUGAAAGAGGAGCGACCGUGCAAGAAAGGUCGUUGCCGGAGACAGAGCUUUCAUAUCGUGAAGAGGAAGAAGUUGUCCCGUAAAACUCGCGGGAUGUUGAAGUUCAACAAAGCUUUUUACACCAAGUGGUCCAAAUGGUCGCCCUGCUCCAAGAGCUGUAAAACCACACGCACCAGGUCUUGCAAGUUUGCCCUGAUAUGCGGAUCGUCGUCCGUUCACGAGGAAGCUUAUUGUUACAUGGACGGCUCCUUGUGCGAGGAUUGGUAUCGCCAGGGGAAGUCUCUGAGCUUGGUGGAGCAUUAUCGGAACGGACGCAUCACCGAGGAGGAUCUAUUUCAAGUGAACCAUGUGGACGAGCACCUGGAAACCCCCAUUUCAAAGAAUCAAAAGAGGAAUCAGCCGCCGGUGGACUUGGGGCAAUGUGGAGUAAGAGCAACGCAUAGCAAUGCCAGACAUAGCUCCACGGCCAAUCCGCCAUGGGCACUGAGGAUCAUCGGAGGCCGUGAAGCCACUCGAGGACACUGGCCAUGGCAGGUGGCCAUUUUGAACAAGUACAAGGAGGUCUUUUGUGGAGGGACCCUUGUCGCCCCUGGCUGGAUCCUGACAGCGGCUCACUGCGUCCGCAAGCACCUCUAUGUGCGCAUUGGGGAGCAUGAUUUGAUCAUUAACGAGGGCACGGAACGAGAAUACUUCGUGGAACAUUCCAUUCUCCAUCCAAACUACAAUCCGGACACAGUUGAUAGCGAUGUGGCCUUGCUGAAGAUUCCGAUGGAGGAUUCCAACCUGGAGCAUCCCAAUUUGGCGUGUUUGCCAAAGUCUGACCAAGAUGUUCCAGUCGGCAAGAAGUGCACAAUCAUCGGAUGGGGCAAGGAAAAAAGCUCCCAUGUCUAUGGCACGGAUGUUCUUCAUGAAGCUGAGAUUCCCAUCGUGCCUAAAGAGGAGUGUUUAAACGUAUAUCGGAAUUAUUUUAUCACCUCCAACAUGUUUUGUGCCGGUUACAAAAGUGGGCGGAUUGAUAGCUGCGCUGGCGACAGUGGCGGACCGUUGCUGUGCGAGGACCAAGGUCAUUGGACGGUGUACGGGGUCACAAGUUUCGGCGAAGGCUGCGGACGCGAGGGCAAGUUCGGCAUCUACGCUCAAGUGCCCAACUUUGUGGCGUGGAUUGACAGUGUUGUCAACUAUUAGAUCCAGUCCGUCGCUCCAAACACCAGUUUAGUCACUUCUCGCUCACUAAGUCAGUCCCACCGGCGGCCAAGUCAGAUCAAUUCGAAUCAAAUCCAGCUAGUGAUGAAUGUAACCAAUUGUAUUUUUUAUCCAUGUUGAGAAUUGUUUAGCUAUUACAGAUAUGAAUGUCCACCUUUUAGCAUUGUUCGUUUAUCUCGCAACAAAUAAAUGCGACACUUAUUUCUCCUAAUACCAAAA